AUGUGGACUCGGAAUCAAAAUGAUCGUGUUGCACCUUUGGCGGUUAAUUUAACCGAUGCUUUGCACACGUGUUUGGAGGCGAACGUUAUCCGUUUUCCGCGGAAACCAAAGCCGUCGACAGGUUAUGUGGAUAAGACGAAGUGGUGUGAAUAUCAUAGGAUUUCGGGACACAAUACUGAUGAUUGUUUUACUUUGAAGAAAGAGAUAGAUAAAUUGGUGAAGGCUGGAUGUAUGAAACAACUUGAAGGGCAAAACAAUUCAUAUGAGGCAGGAACUUCAACAAAGCGAACUGAAGAUGGAAAGGAAGUUGAGAGCGAUGGUCAAAACAGACAAUCAGGAGGGAAAGCGAAGGGACGAAUUCAUUCUAUCUUUGGUGGAUUCCGAGGUGGUGGAAUAACUAAUUCAGCUCGAAAGAGGUAUGUUCAUUCAAUCAAUGUUGUUUAUUCUAAUGAUUGGGGAAGUUGGGCAACCAACCAGCCAGAUAUUACUUUUACUGUGCGAGAUUUUGAGGGAGUUCAGCCUCAUGAGGAUGAUCCAAUUGUGGUGAUGCUGACGAUCGCGGAAUAUGAAAUUGAGUGGGUACUGCUGGAUCAAGGGAGUUCAGCGGAUUUAAUUUAUGGAGAUGCUUUUGAAAAAUUGGGGUUGACAGAAUCUGAUUUGCAACCUUAUGAUGGAUCUUUGGUGGGUUUUUCUGGCGAAAAGGUGUUUGUCAGAGGUUAUGUGGAGUUGAGCACUAUUUUUGGAGAGGGGAAAAAUGUGGAGACAUUUGUUAUUAAGUUCUUAGUAGUAAAAUGUACUUCACCAUACAAUGUGCUUAUUGGGAGGUCCUCAUUGAAUAGAUUGGGGGCGAUCAUUUCUACCAGACAUUUGACAGUCAAGUAUCCGUUGAGCAAGGGAGGAGUUGGAGUUUUAAAGGCUGACCAAAUCGUAGCCAGAAAAUGUUAUUCUGAAAGCUUCAAACAGUAUGGUCAUAUGUGA